ACUUUUGUAAAAAAAAAAAAAAAAAAAAAAAGUGUAAUUCUCAAAGCUUUUGUCCACGGGUUUGUACAAUCAUAAACGUACAGUACUGUAUGCGCUGCUGAGUUGGAAACUCCAACCGAAAUCUGGCAACCUCGGGACGCCCGGGCUUCCUCCUCGCCAGUUUCCACAGCACUCUCUCUUUCUGUGUGUCGCGCGCGCUCCCGCCCUUCAUAACGCGCUCCGCUGCGCUCUGGCGCUCAACCCAACUCGACUCGACUGAAGCGUUCAGCGGGAGACUAAAGAGGAUGAGAGCUGAAGUCAGUGAGCCGGCAUCCAAAGCUUCUUAACGGCAGCAGGUGUGGGGAAGGAGGGAAGGAGGACGAACUUGGGAGAGUGUGAAUGAUUGACUGACUGAGUGAGCGCGCGCGUGUGUAUGUGUGUGUGUGUGUGUGUGUUUCGCGGCACCGAGACGCGUCCAGGUGGACCACUGACUUUACACUGCUGUACUGUAACCUGCACUGCGCACUGCUGCUCCGUUACUGCCAUCCCCAUCACUAUUACUGUUAAACCAAGUUCAGCGCAAUGACCGGGGUUUUUACAAACGACACGGUGUAACUGGGUGUCGAGGACUUGAAGAUGACCGGAGACACGGGAGGUUUGAUGGAGCGGGGACACCGGAGCACCGCGUUUUUCCUUCUUGCGCUCGCUCUCCAGGCUGUGGCUGUCCAUGCAGUGGGCAUGUUUGAGCUGCAGAUCCGCCAGUGGCAAAACUCUCCAGGCAUUCUACACAAUGGUCAGUGCUGUGACCUCCAGGCCAGCAGUGGACAGCGAUGUCCUCAGAGUGACCAGUGUGACACCUUCUUCAGGGUCUGUCUGAAGGAAUACCAGACUCGCGUGGCACCGAAGAGCGCAUGUACGUUUGGCAUGGGCAUCACGCCGGUCCUGGGCGGGAACUCCCAGGGCAUGCAUCGUCACGGAGCCGAAGCAGGCCGGAUCGUCAUCCCGUUCAAAUACGCCUGGCCGAAAUCCUUCUCCUUGGUGAUCGAGGCCCUUGACCACGACAAUGAAACAUCAGAACCAGUAGGUCAGGAGGAGCUGAUAGAGCGGGUGUUGUUGUCCUCUAUGCUGAACCCAGGAGAACAGUGGCAGCCACACAAGCACCACGGCCGACAUUUUACUAUAGAGUACCGGCUGCGCUACCGCUGCGACACCAACUAUUACGGGCCGCAAUGCAACAGGUUAUGCCGUGCCCGUGAUGACUUCUUCGGCCAUUUUGACUGUGAUACAACGGGCAGUAAAGUAUGCAAAGAUGGCUGGACGGGACCAGAGUGCACACUGGCGGUGUGUAGGCAGGGAUGCAACAUGGCUCGUGCUUCGUGCUCUCUUCCAGGAGAAUGCGAGUGUAAUUACGGCUGGAAAGGCGAUCUGUGUGACGAGUGCGAGACUUUUCCAGGCUGUGUCCAUGGCACCUGCAUGGAUCCCUGGCAGUGCGCGUGUGACACCAACUGGGGUGGCCUCCUCUGUAACAAAGAUCUAAAUUACUGUGGAACCCACCAGCCCUGUAAAAACGGUGGAACUUGCAUCAACUCCGAGCCGAACGAGUACGAGUGCGUGUGUCAGGAUGGAUUUCGGGGUCGUAAUUGCACCAUCGUGGAGCAUGCAUGUCUCACUUCUCCAUGUUUCAAUGGAGCAACGUGCAAAGAAGACCAGACAGGCUUCAUUUGUACGUGUGCAGAUGGCUGGACUGGACCCACCUGUUCACUUGCUGUACAGCACUGCGACUCCCAUUCGUGCGGUCAUGGAGCCACAUGCCUGGAGAGCGUCCAGGGCUUCCAGUGUCUCUGCCCACCAGGAUGGACUGGCAAGACCUGCAAGAUAGACUUGAACGAGUGUGAGACGGGCAUCUGCGUCAAUGCUCGCUCCUGCAGAAACCUGAUUGGGGGAUAUCUGUGCGACUGCCUUCCUGGAUGGGUUGGAAUGAACUGUGACACAAGGAACACCAGCUGUCCGGGAUUGUGUCUGAACGGAGGGCGCUGUGAGGACUCACGCUGUGUGUGUUUGCCGGGUUUUACUGGUAAACUUUGCCAGACAGUAGAGGGAAUGUGUGACAGCGCCCCCUGCCUGCAUGGAGGACAGUGUAAAGAGCAGAAGGAUGAAGGGGGCAUAGUCUGCAUCUGUCCUCCAGGAUAUACUGGAGCUCAUUGUGAGACGAAAAUAGAUCCUUGUGAUCCCAACCCCUGUCGGAAGGGGGAGCUGUGCCACAGCACAGAGACUGGAUACAUGUGUACCUGUCCGGAGGGUUACUUUGGAAACGAGUGUAUAAGCCUGAAGGAAUUGUGUUACGGCCCGCACUGCCAAGACACAUCGAGCGGGAUGUUCAUCAUGUAUAUGGUGUUACUUGGCGCGUUGGCCGUGUUGGUAGCCGUCGGAUGCUCUGUCUGCGCUCUUCUGCUGUCCCGUCUGCACCGUCGCCAGCGUCACAAGCAUCACCCGAGCGCCACGCCACCAGAUGGCGCAAUCAACAACCAGCGCCAGUUCUGCGCUCUCAUUCGCAACAUAGAGCCCACCACAACGCUACUCGGGCAACCUCAGACCCAAACCGUUUUGUGCGGUUCCGCAAGACCAGUGCCACCCCUGGAAGAAAUCGAGUUGACCUUUCCGACCACGCAGGUUCCACCCCCCAACCACAAAGCAGACUCACCCCUCGUUCUCAAACCCAACCUCGCGCCCAAAAUUGACAUUUGCAACCGCAAACGCGAGAAACUCAAUCGCUUCCACUACUCCGAUAACCAGGAAGUGGAGGCAUGACCUUGUCCUGGCCUUCGGGAAUAUGCACUACUACAGCCGAUCACUCUAAAACAGUCUCCUGCUGCAGAACUUUGACCUGUAACGUGGAAAACAAAAAGGUCAGCAGGGGUUAAAACUCUAUCUAGGAAAGGAAUUGCACUCCAGGCAAGAGCUGAGGAUGUUGCUGCUGUCAGGUCCAGGAUGUAAAUGCAUUAUAAAGGCCAAAGAGUCAGAGGUCAAAAGGUGACUGAGUUCGUCUUGAGACCCGCGACUCUCGUUUUUAAAUCAUGGUUAUUUAACUGUAUUCGAUGUGCGUUUACACGAGUGCCAUCUGUAUUUCUACACGUCUGCGUUUGUGUGUAUGUGUGUAUGUGUGUGUGUGUGUGUGCAUGAUUGUGAACUGAUUGAGUUUUUAGGAACUGAAUGCCACACAGCCAUGGACAUGGGUAUGUUUUGGAACACCUUUACUUUUUCCCUUCUCCAGAUAGAACAAUGCGAGGAAGAGGUGACCCGCACCGCUCAACGACUGAAAAAGCAAAGAGGUUGUCGAGGCUGUCCAAAAGAGUGCCUCGCCAAAGUUGUAGAGAUUAUUGACUCGAUUGUAUUUUAUAUUGCCUGUCGUGUUGCAGCUGUAAGAGAUGUAUGAAUUUUUUUAUAUUUGGAUGUACAUAGCAUUUUUUUUUUUUUGUAAAUAUGUUGUAUAUAUUGAUCUGGAAUUUUUGUACGGUGAUUUUCUUUGGGAAAUGUCACCAUUUGUCAUCUUUUCCAUCUCCUCUCCUUCCUCUCUGCUGGUCUUUGCAGGCAAGAUGGUUUGCAAUUAAAGUGCAUCUACCAACCAAACUGUGUGUGUAUGUAUUAAAUGAGUCAUGGUCAAUAAAAGCACAUUAAUGAA